AUGGGUAACGCGAAUAAAGACGUCAUUGACGUGUUGAACGACUUGAUCGAAUACUCAAAAGAUGGCGAGAAAGGAUUUAAGGCAUCUGCGGAGGACAUCAAGAAUCCCGAACUGAAGUCAUACUUUGUCCAACGAGCUCAAGAGUGUGGGACAGCUGCCCUCGACCUUCAGACAGAGGUCCGGCGUCUUGGAGGCGAUCCGGAGACGUCGACUUCUACAACCGGGGAUCUCCAUCGCGGAUGGGUCAAUCUCAAAUCAAUGGUGACGGGCAAGGAUGAGGAGGCAAUUCUCAAUGAGGUAGAGCGUGGCGAGGACCGCGCCCUGAAAGCCUACAAAGAUGCUAGGGACAAGUUGGGCAAGUUGGGCAGGAGCAGCUCUGAUCAGACUUACAUGGCUAUUGAACAGCAGCUGCAAGGGGUUCAGAGAAACCACGACCAGGUCAAGGCGCUGCGUGAUGCGACUUGGGCACGGUCCUAG